ACAUGCAAACUCUGUUUUAAGCGCGCAGAGCAGCACGCAGGACGUCUGAGUGCACGUUAGCUUGUGUUGCUAACGUUAGCGCUGCUGCUAACUUCAGCUAGCCGAGGUGUUGAUAAGUUUCACGUCGGACGCUGUGGGGACCUCCUGCUAGAAGAUGCUUUGAUGCUUUGUGACGACAUAGCUGCCAGAGAGAAGACGCGAGGAGAGGGUGUUUCUGCAGAGUCCAGUCCACCCUGGUUGUCGGUGCUUCUCCCUCUCUGUUGUAGACUUCACACGCACAGCUUUGAGGCUCCUGCUGUGUGAAGUUACUUCCUGCUCUUUGUGGCAGUGAACUAACGUGAGCAGCUGAAGAGAUGGAGCAGAACAACAGUGUGCCACCCUUCCAGGGGCAGGCCUCCCCUCAGGGGGGUGCCAUGACCCCAGGCAUGUCAAUAUUCAGUCCCAUGAUGCCAUAUGGCUCAGGCCUGACACCCCAGCCCGUCCAGAACACCAAUAGUUUGUCUAUACUGGAGGAACAGCAGAGGCAACAACAGCAGCAACAAGCACAGCAGGCAAACGCAGGCCUUCCUGGAACAUCGGGGCAGACACCUCAGCUUUACCAUUCCCAGACGGUCGCAGGCUCGACCACCACAGCGCUGCCAGGAAACACCCCGCACUACGGCACCCCGCUGACCCCCAUGACCCCCGUCACACCGGCCACACCAGCCUCGGAGAGCUCUGGAAUUGUACCACAGCUACAAAACAUAGUAUCUACUGUAAAUCUGGGCUGUAAACUGGACUUGAAGACCAUUGCCUUGAGAGCCAGGAAUGCAGAGUACAACCCAAAGCGUUUUGCUGCGGUCAUCAUGAGAAUACGAGAACCCAGGACCACAGCUCUCAUCUUCAGCUCUGGAAAGAUGGUCUGCACAGGAGCCAAGAGUGAGGAGCAGUCGAGAUUAGCUGCCAGAAAAUACGCUCGUGUGGUGCAGAAGCUUGGUUUUCCUGCUAAGUUCCUGGACUUCAAGAUUCAGAACAUGGUGGGAAGCUGCGAUGUGAAGUUCCCCAUUCGUCUGGAAGGAUUAGUCCUCACACAUCAGCAGUUUAGCAGUUAUGAACCGGAGCUGUUUCCAGGUCUGAUUUACAGAAUGAUCAAACCUAGAAUUGUCCUGCUCAUCUUUGUCUCUGGGAAAGUUGUACUCACAGGUGCCAAGGUGAGAGCAGAGAUCUACGAAGCGUUUGAAAACAUCUAUCCCAUUCUGAAAGGCUUCCGCAAGACAACGUAGAAACUGCAGCUCUCUCUUUUACCUUUAUCUCCCCAACACUGACUCUUUGUACUCUGAGCUUUUUUAAAUUUAAAAGAAUCAUCAGCUAUAUGUUGACCUCUACAGAAGGACUGCUGUAAGGGCUGUACAGGGGUGUGAGUCAUCAACAGUUUAUUUUUUGUUUGUUUUUUUGCCUUGUUUUGAUAAAACGCAUGGCAUAUUUUCCACACAGACCUCUCCAGUUAAAAAAAACAACCUUUCUCAGUUUUUUGCUCUGUUAUUUUAAGCUUUUUUGGUUCUGCACAUCCCUGAUUGUACAUAAGAUUGUAAAGAAAUGUAAAAAGCGCUGAUUCGAAGAGAAACAGUCUGACUGGGACUGUUUUAAGUUUUUAUUUUAAGCCAUUUUAAAUAGUUUUGUACGUUGCAUUUUUAUAAAUUGUCCACUCAGUCCACACAUUAUAACAAGACGUGUUUGGGUCUGUCAGCCCCACAUUCCUCUUAACAGUGUUUUAAAGAUUUUACUUUGAGUGACUGUUUAUCUCAAACCAAAGCUGUCAGCUCUUAGGGAGUUUCAUCUUUUAUGUCUUUUACAUUCAAUCUGAUCUUUGUUCAACUUGGUCCUAAUUACGUUAAUGCUUGAAGUGGAUUUCCCUCUGCAUUGAUUUGGCAUGAGGAAUAUAAUCCAGUCUGUUAAUCUGUAAGUGAAGGUGGAAGCUCUUAAAGAGUGGACAGAAGUCAAACUAAAUGGAUCCAAGUCCUGCUACUAAAGCAGUCAUCAAGUUGUUGGUUAGUUCUUUGACAUUUGUGACACUUGGUUUGGACUACAUUUGUACUUAUAAAUCAACAAGAACUAAAACUGUUGAUUUUUAAAGUAAACAAUCUUGUCUUUUACUUAUCUUAACAUCUUGCAUCUUACAUUCAGGAGCACUAAAAGAUGAUGUCUGAUUAAGUAAGCAUUGUGUUGACAUGUUUAUGUAUUGUUUGGAGAUUUUAGCCCAUUCAAAAUCAUAUUUAAAGAUUUUUUUUUUUUUUAAAGAAUUAUUUUUGUGCUAAGAAAAAUGUGAAUCUGUCCUGGUUGUUCAUGCUGUGUGCUCAGCCACAGUUAAACAUUUUGGCACUUUGUUUCAUCACCUGUGUGUCUUCCACCUGACAUCUGUAUGGCAGCAGAAGAGAAUAGGGAUUAAUCAAUACUUUCCUCUGUGAUUCUGAGUCAAGCAGCAGGAAAACCAGGAAGCCCUGUUACACAUUUCAAGGCAAUUGUUAUGAAAUUGUUAAUGUGCUGCACUGUGCGUUAAUAAAUGUGUACAU